CCAUUUUGCAUUGAUCGCUCGACGCCGGAGGCCGCGGGGCGCCGCCAUGGACUCGUCCAAGGAGCACUUGUUCGUGUUUUCCAACCCAAAGGCUGGGAUGGAUGAUAUCGACCGCUCUACGAUCAACCAGACGAUCUACGAUCUGUCGAAAGACUCGGCGUUCUUCAAGAACUCAGUCGACAAGGACGUGCAAACGGACAAAAAGAUUGCAGCGAUGCGCACUCAACUGGGUGUGAAGCGGCGGCAUAAUCUAGUUGCCGAUGUUGACCAACGCGUGGCGGCAUUGGAAGCCAGUCGCGACUUUUCUCGCGUGCACGUCGUUGUGGACAUGGACAUGUUCUUUGCAGCGGUUGAAAUGCGAGACAACCCUUCCUUGGCUCACGUUCCGAUGGCGGUCGGUGGGAUGGGCAUGAUCUGCACAGCCAACUACGCCGCUCGAAAGUUUGGAGUGCGCGCAGCGAUGCCUGGCUUUAUAGCCAAGAAGCUGUGUCCGUCGCUCGUGUUAGUGCCACCGCACUUUUCAAAAUACGAGGCGGUAGCCCACCAAACGCGCGACAUCUUUCGAGAGUUCGAUCCGCAUUUCGUCGCUGGCAGUCUCGAUGAAGCAUAUUUGGACAUCACAAACUACAUUGCUUCCGUAUCUACCACCACGUUGGGUGGUUCUUCAGUGUGCGACCCCGACGCGAAAUGCUCUAGGGGAUCGGUAUCGACAGAAGCGUCGUCGACGCCCCGCGCAACUGCAGGUACGGUCGACAAACGAGCCAUGGCACUGCGGCGACAUCUCCAAAUUCAUGCCACGACAUUUUCAUUUGCGAUUCCAACGCAGUGCUCCAUGCAACUAGGCAAUGUGUUUGUGGUAGAACCGAAUGGGCAUGCAUAUGCCUUUGACGAAAAUACUUCCAUGGAGGAAAAGGCGGGUGCUGUGGUGCAGGAGCUCCGACGCCGUAUCCACCAAGCCACGCAGCUCACCGCGAGUGCUGGAAUCGCGUCGAUCCCAAAACUCGCCAAGGUAUGCUCCGACAUCAACAAGCCCAAUGGCCAAUAUGUCCUCCCAUUCAACCGUGAUGCAAUCGUCAAGUUCGUCCAUCACUUGCCCGUGCGCAAGUUUGGCGGGAUCGGCAAAGUCAAGGAGAAGCUGUUGGCCCAAGUGCUGAAUGUUGCGACGGGUGGCGACCUCUUUGCCCGGCGCUACGACAUCUUUCAUGUGUUUUCGGAAAUGUCAGCGCAGUGGCUGCUGCAGCUAAGUCUCGGCGCGUCGGCGUCCCCUUCCCACGAUGACGAUGGCGACCGACCGUGCCAAAAGAGUGCCAGCCGAGAAACCACGUUUCGUGCAACUAGCAGCUUGCAAGAACUCUUGGAACGGUGCCAAGUCCUUGUCAAGCACGUCCACAGCGAUCUCAACGAGCUCCAGCUACAAGGCCACUGCUUGACAGUCAAGCUCAAGACAACGCAGUUUGCAGUGACUUCGAGGGCUUGGACAUGCAAGUCGGCGCUUUCCCAACUCUCGGAGAUGCUUGACGUAGCUUGCCGAUUGUUGGUCAAGGAAUUCAAUGUGGCGGCGAAGAAGCAUGCGAAAGAUGCAUCCGGGCCGGUGACUUAUCGACUGUUGGGCAUUCGCAUGUCUAUGUUGAAGCCAGCACCUUCGUCUUCUGCGGGGGCAUGGGCCUCUCCAAUCCCAGCUACCUCCACAGCCGACCACGAUUCAGCACCGCAGCCCCCGUCUGUAAGACAGCUGAGCCUCCCUGGGGUGCUGCACCCUGCAUUGGUUCCCCGCCAGCUUUCAUCCACUGCACCACACGCCCACCACGACGCUACCCCAUCAUCGGAAGCGCGAGAACCGUGUCCCGUGUGUGGCUGCCACUUUGACGUGUGGAGUUUGUUUCUGGUGAAUGAGCACAUUGACCAGUGUCUGUCCAAAACGCGAUCACAGCCCCGACGCAACCAUCCUUCACACGUGGCCAGGGCUUUCAACAGCAACGCGAUUGCUCUGUCGGGGAGUACCUCCAAACUGUACUCCUCGCCGUUCUUUCAACCCAAGCCGACAUAACUGGGGCACGACAUGCCGUGCUUAACUUAAAUUGGACUGCAUGUUCAAUCGUC